AUUUAUUUUAAAUAAAAAUCUUAAAUAUUUAAAAUGAUAAUUAAAGUUGUUCACCUCAAUGGUGAGGUAAAACUAUAUGAAUAAGCUAAUAUAAGUAGAGCUAAUGAUUUAAUGAGAAUAAUAUAAAAUGAAAUGUGAAAUAUCAUUAGUUAGUAAUGUAGAAGCAUUUGCUUUAUUAAGUAAAUCAUAUGAAUAAUUAUGGAUAGGAAAUGAAAAUAUAUAUUAUGUAAAUGUAUAUACAGAAGUAGAAGUAGAGAAAAAGAAAAAGAAGAAGAAUAUAGCAAAACCAAAAAAAGAGACAUUGAAAAGUAUAGAUGGUAAAGGAUAAGUUUAAAGAUAACAUAAAUAAUAUCGAUAAUAUACGUUAUUGUGAA